GGCUGCCGUCUCGUUACGGCGCGUGUAUUUGCUGCGUCGUCGAUUGUUGAGCAUCGGAGGCCCGCUCAGACAGCUGUCAAGCGUGAUACGAGAGUGUGUGUGCGCGUGUAUGCGUCGCCUGUGAGAAAUUUCGGCUGGAAUGCGGCGUCCGCCGCUGCGUUGAGCGAUACGUGAUGGAGCCUGGCUCUGUUGUGAAGGCGUUGUACGACUUCAACUCAGGUCUCGAAGGGGAACUCUCCAUAAAGAACGGAGACUUGAUUCAGGUUGUGGCCUCUGUCGACAGGCACUGGACGCUAGGCAACUUGCGCGGCCAGCAGGGUAAAUUUCCGUCCGCAUUCGUGGUCGAAGUCAAGGUGCCACAGUUGUCACCCGGACAGGAGCUGUUUGCGGCCACCGCGGAUUUCUCGUCAGAUGUGCCGGGAGACUUGAGUUUCCAAUGCGGGGACCUGAUUGUCGGACUGGCCCCGGUGGAUGCAAACUGGUGGAGAGGCCAGCUGGAUGGGCUCGAGGGCAUCUUCCCACUCUCGCAUGCCUGGAUGUUGGACGGGGCAAGCCUCCGCCGCUCCAGCCAGGGCUCACGGGAGGUCAACCUCUGGGCUCGCGUGCUCCAGAACCUGACCGCGCAGCUCGACGACGAGAUUAGCCUGCGCAGUGGUGACCUCGUGCACAUCCAACGCAUCAUCGACAAAGACUGGUUCUGGGGCGAAUGCAAUGGUCGGUCUGGCAAGUUUCCCCGAAACUUUGUCACGCUUCUCUCCGACGAGGAGGAGACCGCUGCACUGGCAAAAGCGUCCCAGAUGUCCGCGUCAACCUGCGCGAACGGAUACUUGCCGCAGAGUUCCUCAGGUUCAUCGAAACCGCAGCGCUCUUUUGACUCUGGCGAAGCCUGUGCCACCGGGGAUGUUGGCGGGGUAGCCGUGAAUGGGGUACCAGCAGCGUCUGAUGUCGGCGGUUACCACAGCCUCAACUCCGGUCUGGCACCCUAUGCGCGCUCCAAGUUUACGUUCGAGGCCCAGUACCCCAACGAGUUGUCGUUUCAUGAGGGAGAGCUCGUGACGCUCAUCCGCCAUGUUGACGACGAGUGGACGGAAGGCGAGCUUAACGGCAGAGUCGGGCUGUUUCCGACGGAGUACGUGGACAUCAUCGUCGACUGCGCCGACCAAGCAGUGAAUGCAUCGACUGCCCCGUGCAGUGUGUCAACGGGUGAAGCCAGCGUUUCGGGUGCUUGCUUUGGACGAGCCCUGUUUGACUUUCCGGCGACUGUUGAAGGCGACCUAGCGCUGACUGCAGGCGAGGUGGUCGUGCUACUUGGCAAAAUCAACAGUGACUGGUAUCAGGCGAGGUCCCGUGAUGGGCGUACAGGAAUCUGCCCAGCAUCUUUCGUCGAGGAGAUGGUGAGGUCGCCCACGUUAGAAGCUGCCGAAGUUGGCCUGCGGAAGAUGGGAAGAUUCAACUCCGCUCCGAUAUGUCGUGCUGGAGAGCCGCGGAGGAAGACGCUGCCGCCGUGGAACAGCCUCGCAGAAGAGGCCUCGCCGCCGCCAGAAGUAGCAGACGGCCACGGGCCGCAUAGCCUGCCCGUCUCUUCCUCCACUGAAGGAAGCAAGAGUCGCGGAACGCCUGCUCUCGUCUCCGAUGCCUCUGCCCCUCCACUGAGGCGUGCAAACACCCUAACCAGUUCGGACAGUGCAGCUUUCAAAAGGGAAGUUGCCAGUUUUCAUGAAGCCAAAGCAGUGACUCGUAAAGCGCCCGUGCCAACGCGUCCGCCACCGGCUGUGCCCUCGAAAUCGUCCACGAGCGUGACGUCGCUGCCAAACAGGUCGGCACCCCCAGUUCCACUCGCCUCACCGGACCCUUGGGCAGCUUCAGAUGCAUCGCCUGCACCAGAACCUGCAACACACGGCCAGGUCGAUGGGUUGUCGUCACAGCCAGCCUCUACGAGCCAAAGAGGAACAGCUAGUGACUCAGCAGCCAAGGAUGAGGAAAAGCGGCGCAAGCUGAGGGACCACCGGCAGUGUGUGCUGACCGAGCUGCUCCAGACAGAACGGGACUACAUCAGGGCGCUUCAAGUUUGCUGCGACGUCUACCUGAAUGACGUCUCUCGGAGCAGGAUGCAAAGCUUGGACAUCGAUGCCGUUACGCUGUUCGGGAACAUCGACGAGGUGAUUUCCGUCUCGUCACAGCUGCUCAGUGCCCUGGAAAAGGAGCUGGUGAAGCCGGAGUGCUCGCAACUGAUUGGCACAUGUUUUGUGAAUGUGGCCGACGAGCUGAAGGAGGUCUACGGCCACUACUGCCGCAACCACGAUGACGUCAGCGGUCUUUGGACGAAGUACAUGGAGAACACGCGGGCAGCUCAGUUCCUCCAAGCAGGUGUGGAGCGCAUGCAGCAAGAGACCAACUGCUUCGACCUGCCCUCCGUGCUCAUCCGUCCUGUGCAGCGCAUACUCAAGUAUCCACUCCUCAUCAAUGAGUUGGACAAGUCUACAGAGACUGGUCACCCCGACAAAGUGAUGCUAGCGCAAGCCAUGGCAAAGAUGUCCGAUGUUGCAACCUCCAUCAACGAGUUCAAGCGGAGGAAAGACCUCGUGUCCAAGUACAAGAAGGAUCCUUCGGAGUCCACCUUGUCUCGGAGGCUGGCCAAACUGAACCUGCACUCAGUCCUCAAGAAGUCGUCCAGGUUUGGUGUCCGCUUGUCGUCCACCUUUGGCCUCACGUCUGUGGAAAAAGAUGAAGCCUUCGAGCGUGCCGAACGAGAAUUCCGUGUACUGGAGAAGGCGCUGAAACUCUUCCUCAAGAACCUCGCUGUGUUCUGCGACCAGAUGAAACAAACGGUGCACGUCUCGCUGCAACUGUCCGAGGACCUGGUUCAGUACUACCACGACCGAAAGUCGCUGCCCGAGGUGGAACGCUAUCGAGCGGUCCAGCAUACCAUCUGCGCCCAGCACUGGCACGAAUUUGCAACGGCGGUGGAGCGGGACGUGGAGGGCGUGCUCAAGCAGCUGCUGCAGAUGUUUGUGGGUCCCAACAAGCUGAUCACCAAGCGGCAGCACAAGCUGCUCGACUACGUGGCCAGCAAGAGUCGCCUGGAGAAGAACCGAGACUUCACCAAGCAGAAGGCGCUCUCGGACGAACAACAGCUGGCCAAGAACACGUACAACGCGCUCAACGCGCAGCUUCUGGACGAGCUACCCAAGCUGUGCGGCAUUUCGCGGGAGGUGCUGCAGUCGUGCGUGCAGGAGUUCCUGCGAGCCCGCAAGACCUUCAUCGGCCGCACAACUCGUGAGAUGCUCACCCUCAUGGAGCUUCCCAUGAUGCUCAGCGCCAAAGGCAAUAGCAACGUGCUGGAGAACUUCCGCAUCAAGCAUACGCUGGUGCUCAAGAGCCUCGCGGAGGAGCCCAGCGCGAGCGAGACCAACCUGUUCUCCGGCCUCCUGGCCAAGGCCGAGGGGGGAGGCACCCUGUCCCGCAGUGCCGGGGCCAAGAUGGCUGCCCGCCUGGGGCUUGGCUCUUCCACGACCGCAACCAUUCCUGGCAAACUGGAACCUCAGACUGACAUGCAGCGAGUGUUCUUGCGCUCCAGUUACCCCAUGGAGUUCCUCUACACGGUUGCAGAGGACUAUGCCUCCUCUGACAUUUUGGACAUCAAUCUUCGCGCUGGCGACAUUGUUGGUGUGGUCAAACAGCAAGAUCCCAUGGGCAACCCUGAGCGGUGGUUUGUUGACAAUGGAGCGACCAAGGGGUUUGUGGCAGCCAAGUUCUUGCGACCAGCGCAUCAGCCACAGGGGCGACCUGAUUCCCAGCUGCGCGUCUCCCCACAGCCACCUGCAGCGAGUGGAUACGACCCGCCGCCCCCGUACAGUGCCACCGACCCCUUGAGGCCACGAACACCGAUGCAGGUGUCGCGAGCAAGUCCGAGUCCGCAGCCUGCAGAGCAAAGGAAACCGUACACGUACGCCGAGAUAUCAAGGCCGCUGACGCCAAGUGCAGGUCAAGCCACAAUUUCCUCACCAAGUCACCUGCCAAGCCAGGCCAUGAACCAGAGUGGCUAUCAUCAAGGGUACUCCAGUUCCUUGGCUCCAUCGUCGGCCACUGAUGUUCAAGAUAAGACUGCAUUUGGCGGAAUGCCGCUGUCUUCACUGGUUCCUUCAUCCGCCGAUCCACAUCGAAGCUUGCUAGGGCUGAGCACAGGGAGUCAUGGCAGGCCCGACAAUGCUAGCACAACGACAGUGUCUAGAAACGCAGAAAAAGGCAGUGGUGUGACGGCCUACAACUACUCUUUCGCAACCGGCCAGACAGCGCGUCACACCUACGAGGAGAUUCCAGAAGAGAAGGGCCCUUCCAUUGGGUCGCCGAUCCGGGAACCGGAGACCACAGGCUCCCGCUAUGCGAACCUCGAGUUUGACCCACUUUCCGAUGGAGGAACCAGGCCGUCGAGUGUCGCGCCUUCCCUGCAGAAACAAAGCGACGCACCCGAGACGAAAACGGAAGUGGGCUCACGCUACAGAAACCUCGAUGCUUUGGAAGGAUCCGCAGCGAGCAACCCUCCAAUCACCAAUGAGUACUACUACGCACUGUAUCCGUUUACGGCAGCCGGCCCUCACCAGCUCAGCGUGGCUCAGGGGCAGGUGUUGCUGGUGAUCCACCAGUGUGAUCUGCACGCCAACCCCGAGUGGUGGUUCGUCCAGGAUCGUCAUGGAAACCAGGGAUACGUGCCCGGAAACUACUUGUACCGCUACACCCUGUAGUGUUGAUUGGCAUUAGAAGUUAACAGUGCAUUUGCUAGCCUCCUAUGCCGGUCGAAUCACACCGGUGCUGAUAUGAACUGUGCCCGUGAUGACACUUCAUUCAGUUUUGAAAGAACAACCUCACAGACUGCAUCCAACUUCUGCUGCAGCUAAUUCCCAAGCCUCAGUUGUUUUUGGAGGUUGCGCGCCACUACAGCGUGUGACGCCCGAGCCAUUCUGUCGAUGUCCACAAAUGUUUACCUGUCUGCGAAACCACACAAUAGUACAUGUGUUAUAGUCUUGUACUACUACUCAAUAAGUAGAAAUGAGGCAACAGGGGUUCAUAAGUGAUCUGGAACUUCUGGUGCAACGCUUUUCCAACAGAGUCAUCAACGACUGAUCUUUGCUUCAUUGAUACGAGUUUUUCCGUUUCCCUGGUGAUCCAAGUCGUGUGGCCCACUUCAAGAGGCUCCAAGUCAGCUGUAGCAACCGGCACUUACUUGUUGACAAUAGACGUUUGUCUGAAUGCAGUCGUGGUGAUAAUGACUGCCUGCUCAUUUGCCGAUAAUUUGCUUGUCGUAAGCAUAAGAAUGUCAAAUUGUGUGUGUGCACAGCUACCUCAUGCCGUUAAAGUCACCGGGUUGCACACUGCUGCAUACGACGGCGACGCAUGUGGAAGCUUUCAAAAUUUGAUUGCAGCUCAUCGACAGCCUCAUCUGCCACUGCCCAUGGAUUCUUUCUGUGCUCGGCUUGUUGCCAUUUAUUGCUUCUGACGAAGCCCGCACACUUUAUUCACAUGUUUCUUUCUUUCUUCUUGUUGUUUCAUUUUUUGUUGUAGACAGCUGUGGCAUACAGCAGUGAACGAAUUUUCAAUGGUAACUUGUUUGCUCUUAUUGGCUGCUCAAGUAAUAAGGGAUCCUUUCUGCGUUAUGAAAAAUGAUUUUGAAUUGUCAUUUGUGUUUCAAGCCGCCCUUUAAAAAUUGGGAAGUUACGAAAGAGCCUUUACGUACAAAGUGACAAGGUAGACACACUGCAAUUGGGUGCUGUCCAGCAGCUACUGCUAUCUUGUGUUAUACCAAGAUGUUCCUUUCACAAUAACGUUGAGGUAACACCUUUUUUCACCACUGCACUGCCUGCUCAAUUUGUGCUGUGUUAUUCACCAAUUCAACGAUUUCAUUUGUUGGUGAACGGCUAUGAGUCAUUCAUCUGAUUUCAAAGCUUCAUCUGAUUGUCGGACAAAUGCUAUUUCUUGUCACAUACUUUGAUACAAAGUAUUAUUGCAGGGCUUGAUGCUAAGCUGGUAUCAGUGCUUAGGUAUUUUCCGCACAAGUUGAUCCAUACCUGAUUCUCGUUCUCUUCAGGUAUCGAUAUUGAACAUGCACUGGUGCUUUCUGGCAAAAAGGAGGGAUUUCAGAGAAGCAGGAGCCACUGCUGGUUCGGCAGUUUUGUCGAGUGCAGUCGGUUUUAUAUGGAGUUAUUUGGGCUGAGAGGCUUAACUGCAGGAAGACGCAUAGAAACGCCUAUAGCUUUGGCACUGAUCAUUGUCAUUCUCGAAGCAGAUGCAAGGUCAACUGAAGUUUCUAAGACACUGAUGGAAAACAUAGUUCCAGAGGCUGCAGGGUAAACAAUGAAAUGUUACUUUACGCAUUUGACUCAGCUGUUAUUACACCCAUAACAUUUAUAGCCACGUGUUCAAAUCGCUGAGUAAGUUGAUGGUGCAGUGUGCCAAUGGCAAGGUCGGUUGAAGCAAGGUGCUAAUCUUUAAGCUAGUGUCAUUGCAUGCUCACCUAAUUAGGGAAAGUGAUGUGUUGCUCAGAACAAGUAGGCGAUGGGACACUGCAGGGCCCAUGCUUGAUUUAUUGUUUGGAUCGAUCUGUAAGCUGCAGUACAGUUGCUUCAGUUUACAGUGGCUUCAGGUCAAGUAUAGGCUGUAGAAAUUAUGUAGCCUACCAGCAAAGCUUAGAAGGAAAGGGGGAGGAUUAAAAUUGUCACGUUUCCAUGAGCAGCAAAGGCUACAGUUUUUUCGUUGGAAAAUAUUGCCUACUUUUAUUGAAGCUAUGACGGCUGAAUCAGUGGCUCAGUGGCUGAAUCAGUGGUUGAAUCAGUGGCUGGUUGGUACGAUGAACUAAGUAAGCGCUGUGCGCGUUAUCUUGUUCCUGUCUUACCGGUUUUACUACGAGUGAUAUUUGCUGCCCCAGAUCUACUCUCAUAGUGCCUGCUCAACUAGAGACAUUAAGUAGCUUAAGACAUUUGGUACUUCAGUGUGCUCAGAACAAUGUAAUAGAUUGCUUAAUUGGUAUGGAAUAAUAAGUUGCUGCAGGGGAGCGAGAGUUCAAGCACCUCUUGGCAUA